AUGCCAUUAAGAGUACGAAAUCUAUUGGAAGAAGUGGGUGAUGAACUCAUUCUUAAAAUUCAACUUGGUCGAACACCUGUUCAAGAUUUUCCUCUUAAAAUACUUGACUUUUUAAGUCAUUCAAAAUUUACCAAUAAACAACUUGAACUUGGUUAUGAUGAAAUCUAUCACAACUAUUUACUCAUUACUAUUCAGAAUAGUCGUGAAUCUCAAGUACUACAACAUAUACUAGGAAAUGCUAGACAAAAUAAAAUUCCUAGCACUAUUCUUAAACUUGAGAAAGCACAACGUAUUGCUCUUAAAUAUCCAUCUAUACCAGACGAAUUGAUUGAUAUAUAUGAUAUUCCUUUAACACCAAAUAAACCAUUAACACUCAAUCGUUUAAUUUCUGUAGCAUCGAAUGUUGACAAAAAUUUUUUCAAAUAUGAUGCUGGUGAAAAUAAUAUGUGUCAAACAUUUGUCGAAAAUAUUAUUGAUAUCAAUGGUUUGAUGUCUAACAUUGUGGAUGAAGCAACAUUGAAUGCUCUCAAACCAAUUGAUGCCAAAGCAUUAAUUUCUUCGCUAGGUAGUCGAUCUAAUAUUGUUAAGAUAGCGACUGAUUUAGGUGCCAAAUUCGACAAAUUAGUAUUUGAUCGUAAGAUCAAAUGGAAAAAAUCGCAACCAAAAGACUUUGCUCUAAUGCGUAGUACCAAUGCCACUGAUUCGGAAAGUACCGACGCUAUAUACAAUACGAUUCUUCAGCUUGAAAAAAAUAGCAAUGACACAACAUGGACAUUUGGUUAUGAACAUGUACCAGUUCGUUGA